CAUAAAAAGCCGCUCAUUGUCUGCGGCAGUCGCUGUUUGACUCCAGACACCUCAUCCACACGACACAGAAGUCACACAGAGGGGGAGCCCGACACACGUUUGCAGCCAUGAAUCCCAGAGGGGAAAAGCCAAAGUCGAAGAUCUCGGCUUCUCGCAAGCUCUCGCUCAAGAUGCUUCUCCUGACGCGAGCCUGUGAGGAUCUGGAGCGAGAGACGCAGGAGAGGGAGGAGGAGAAAGUGCGCUACCUGGAGGAGAAGCUGCCUCCGCUGCAACUGUCUGGUUUGGCACUGGGCGAUCUCCAGAAUCUGUGCAAGCAGCUUCAUGCAAAGAUUGACGAGGUGGACGAGGAGCGAUACGACUGUGAAUACAAAGUGGGCAAGCACAACAAAGACAUUCACGAGCUGAAGCUGAAGGUACAGGACCUUGGCGGGAAGUUCAAAAAGCCCGCCCUGAGGAAGGUGAGGGUGUCCGCUGAUGAGAUGAUGAGAGCUCUCCUGGGCUCUAAACACAAGGGCUCCAUGGACCUGAGAGCUAACCUCAAGUCUGUGAAGAAGGAGGACGUCAAACAGGACAAGGUGCUCACGAGUGAGGUGGGCGACUGGCGUAAGAACGUGGAGGCCAUGUCUGGCAUGGAGGGCCGCAAGAAGAUGUUCGACACGGGCGGCGCCGCACAGUGAGACAACGGACGCGAACGCUGAUCAAUUAAAAGCCGGAAAAGGAAGAAGUCUAGUCACACGUUUGAAACGAAUCAUUAACAUGGUGGUUCAAAAAGCAUGGAAUCCCUCCCCUUCUUCAUUUGCCUGAUUAGCGACUCAAAGCACUUAACGCGUAUGAUGACGGUGAUUCACUUUCUUUUUUCCUUUUUUGCUACCAAAGAGUAUUUUCUUUGUUUUGCUAUGACACCCGUGAAAAGUGUAAAUUAAUAAACAUGUUUGUUCCAUAUCUGCACGAUA